AUGGAUACUUCAUAUGAGGUUAUCAAUUACUUAACAAAGGAUGAACUUAAUAUAGAUUUAUCAUGCUUGGAUAAGAAGGAAAGGUUUAAAAUAUGGAAACGACUUCCUAAAUGUGAAUUACAUUGUCAUUUAGAUGUAUGUUUUUCUGUUGAUUUUUUUUUGAAUGUUAUUCGUAAAUAUAAUAUACAACCAAAUAUGAGUGAUGAAGAAAUUGUUGAUUAUUAUUUAUUUUCUAAACCUGGGAAAUCAUUAGAUGAAUUUGUUGAAAAAGCAUUACGAUUAACUGAUAUAUAUAUUGAUUAUACUGUUGUUGAAGAUCUAGCUAAACAUGCAGUAUUUAAUAAAUAUAAAGAAGGUGUUAUUUUAAUGGAGUUUCGUUAUUCUCCUUCUUUUAUGUCCUUCAAACAUAAUUUAGAUAAGGAUCUUAUCCAUGCAGCUAUUGUUAAAGGUCUUAAUGAAGCCGUUGCUUUAUUAGAAUAUAAAAUACAAGUAGGGUUACUUUGUACAGGUGAUGGUGGUCUUUCACAUGAAAGAAUGAAAGAAGCUGCCGAAUUUUGUAUUAAACAUAAAAAAGAUUUUGUAGGUUAUGAUCAUGCUGGUCAUGAAGUUGAUCUUAAACCAUUUAAAGAUAUUUUUGCUGAUAUAAGAGAACAAGGCAUCCCCUUAUCUGUACAUGCAGGAGAAGAUGUAAGCAUACCAAAUUUAAAUUCUCUUUACACAGCUAUCAAUUUAUUACAUGUUAAAAGAAUUGGACAUGGUAUUAGAGUUUCAGAAUCUCAAGAAUUAAUUGACUUAGUAAAAGAAAAAGACAUCUUGUUAGAAGUAUGUCCUAUAUCUAAUGUAUUAUUAAAUAAUGUCAAAUCUAUGGAUACACACCCUAUAAGAAAGUUGUAUGAUGCUGGUGUAAAAGUCUCAGUAAAUUCUGAUGAUCCAGGAAUGUUCUUAACAAACAUAACUGAUAAUUAUGAAGAAUUAUAUUUACACUUGAAUUUUACUUUGGCUGAUUUUAUGAAAAUGAACCUCUGGGCUGUUCAAAAAUCCUUUUUGGACGAAGAAAUCAAAAAUAAAAUUUUAACUAAAUAUUUUUAA